UACAUCUCAUCUCCUACUUGCAUCCAUAGCUAGCCUAGCAUGCAGAUGCCAUGUGGAUGAUAAAAAUUCGUUUUCGGAUGGUAGGUGUAUUUUACGUGAAGACAAGGCUAGAUGAAUUGGCUGCAAAAAAAAGCUGCUAAAACACUACAACUGCAAUCUUCUACGCAUGUUUUCUGUGUUCAUCACUUGGCUGUUAUUAGGUGACUGACAAAGAGCAACUCUAGGUCAUUUAGAUUGCCGGUAUAUUCCCUAUGUUCGGUAUUUGGUUUCCCGGAUGCGCUCUCCGUUUUGGUGGUCCAGCGAUUCGAAUAUAUUAACUACUCUCUGGCGAUGUGCUGGCUAUCCAUGUCAACGCUCUUGUGAUCCUUCCGAAGCUUCCUCUCUAUCAUCCCUGCUGAGGAUGAGGCACACUAUGGCUCGAGGUAGGCGAGGAGGAAAAUAUCUUACCCAAGAAGACAACAUCCAGCGUGGCAUAACAGGCUCCGGCUAGAAUGACGAAUCCAAAUACGCGUACUUAAAAUGGCGCAUCUUGAGGAGCUGGACAUAAUGAACCCCCGCAGAUUUGAUAUCAUUUGGACGAGAAUCAUAAGUGUAAUACUGCGCAAAGUUGUCGUGUGGAAAAGUCACUGACAAUCCAAAAGGAUUAGCAACACAUUCAUUUACCAGCGGUUUAACUCCCUCUCGGAGCCAGCCAUUUGGAUACAAAACAACCAGACACAGUGCAAAACUUUUAUUUGCAGAACUCCGCUGAAAGAAAAGAAGGCCGACAUAUACCAAUACAGUCACUCAAAUGCAUAAACUGAGCUGCGUAAAUGAUGGGCAAGCAACUUCCAAGGUGUGUGGCAUUCCAUUAUUUUGGGAAAGUGAUUAUAGAGCCCGUAAGAUACUCUCUUUGCAUCAGCGAGCGCUGUUCUUUAUCCUUCUCUAGCAUCUAGCCCCUUCUUCUCCUAUCCUCACCCAGCUGGUCUCAAGCAGUGGGACCAACCAGGAGUUGAGAGAUGAAGGAUCCUUAGCACGUCAUAGAGAUGAAAUGUUUCCCUUUGUAUCUUUGCGCUUAGUUUGUCAUGGAGAAUGUAGCGGAUAUCAUCUUUGUUGCUAGAUGAAGACGGCGUGUUAGUGACAAAGACGAAGAAGAAGAAGAAGAGGAGGAGGAGGAGGAGGAGGAAAAAGAAACGAGAUGUAAGAAAGCGCUGGAACCUUCACAAACAACCUUAUGCUGUAUGUCAAGUGCAGCUGCGACGUUUCCCAUUUGAAAUAGUCCCAUAGUCUCACUUGCUUUUAAGAUCGCUUUCUUUCCUCCUGGUACCGAAAAUCAUUCUUCAGGCCUAUUCAUCAUUCUCUCUUCAUCUUUAGGUUAGCAAGGAACGCUGCUUCACCUUGAACUGGACAUAUUCAGUACGGAAACCCUCCAGUUCAAUUCACAUGCUUGCAUUGCACGCCCUGGAUACCUGCCCAAAUCUAUCUACUUCGUCUCCUACCAAACGCUCUCUACUCCCGCUCCCUAACCUCGCAGCUUAGGGUCUCGUCCCACUGCGCAAGAUGUUCCAAUGCGCUACGUGCGGGAUCCGCCUGCAAUUUCACCAAAAUUAUCUUCAUCAUAUCCAGAAAGGCCAAAUGUUGCAGUGUGUCAACUGCAAUGAGACCUUCGAUAGCCUGUGCGCUGUGAGAAGUCAUCGACGACUCGUUCACCCUAGGCAAUUCGAAGAAAGUCGGAGCAUGGUACAGGAUGCCGACACUGCCGUAGGAUUAUGCCCUCGUCAAGAGAAUUCCAACAGCACUGGCGAUUCCGCGCACAACAACAUGGGCAACGAGAAUAUCCCUCCACACUCCAGCGGAAUUACCCCUAUAACUGUCGAGACAACUAGCAACGAGGACAGCGAGAGCAAGACAGAGAGUGGCUACCAACCAGUGUACAGUCCUCGAGGUCGUAAUUUUAGUAUGCCAGUUCUGAAGCCCGAUCAGCCGGAGAUCAAAAAUGGGGGAGAUUUGAUAGAUCUCAGUGAGCAAGAUAAGAAGCCUAGUGACUUAGACAUAGCAGUCGAAGCUUUGAUACAAUCAAUUAGGAAACGAACUCAACAAGGGGAACGACACUCUCUCUUGAAUCCAACUAAAAACUCUAUGCCGUCCACUUCGCCUUCUACAAUCCCACACCAAGUCAAGAACAAUAACGGGCACAGUGAUGUGAAAUGUUCAGGGAGGAUGCAAACAGCGCAACCUGAGAUGGGCGUGAAUAAAGAAAAAGCUCCGACUAACAGUGACGAAGCGUCACAAGAUUCAAGCAUUUCAACGCGGUUCUAUACUCCGCAAUCCGAAAAUUCAGAUCGAAUUAAGCGGGCUAAGCAUAGCGAGACGAAGCAAUUAGACGGCCUAGCAAUUGCAGAGCCCAAAUAUCUUUGUCAGUACCACCAGGCGCCAGAGCCAACGCAGCAAGAAAUUCCUGGGGUGAGAAUCGUCUGUUUCGAAUGUGAGGCUACUUUCAACACAAUUAUUGGUCUCCAGCACCAUCAAAUCAUGUACGAGCACAAUUAUUGCAAAUUAUGCUUAAGCUUCUUCAACGACCGCUCGCUCUUCCAACUCCAUAUCCAGCUGAUGCACAACUUCCAAUGUAUAGAAUGCCAAUUGACCUAUAAGAGCUGGGAAGAGAGAGGAGAGCAUCAACGCCUGACAGGUCACGGGUAUUGUAAAGAUUGUGGCGGCUAUUUCUUGGACCGGGAGAGUUAUGCUAAGCACCCCAGUCUUCACAAAUCUACAAAGUUUGCAUGCCCCAUCUGCAAGGCAAGUUUCGCGACCGAGGAAAGCCGGAACAUGCACCAGAGUGCAACCAAACAUGCGUAUUGUGACGAAUGUGGACGCUGCUUCCGGGACCAAGCGAGCCGGGCCAAACACGUUAAUGUCCACAAAGCCGUCAACUUUGCCUGCCCUACCUGUGGAGCUGGAUUCGUAACGGAAGAGUGCCGGGACGCCCAUCAGCGAGAGCAUAGUCAUGGUGUCUGCUCACGAUGUGAUAAAGUAUUUGCAGACAGGGCGAGCGAGAAAAGCCAUACCGGCGUGGCCCAUAAGCACAAAUGCCCGGAGGCUGGCUGCAAACUUUCUUUCCCGACAUCUGGUCUCCUGGAAACACAUAAGGCAAAAUCACAUCACAUUUGCAUACUAUGCGAUCGUAAGUUCAUGGAUAGAUUGGCGCUUUUAACCCAUGAGAGAACUUCCGGCAAACAUGCCAAAAAGGGCGCAGCCAUCGCGUGAUAUCAAAGUGUUGAGCUAGGACUUUAAGAAAGGAGAGGCGGUUAAACACAUAACAGGAUUAUCCUGUCAGGAAAUUUGUUUCAUGAAAUGAUCAUCUUUCCUUGUACUUCUUUUCUUCUUCGUGGAGUCUAGGAUGUAGCACAUGAGAAUGCCGGAUAUGUAGAGUGGGCUAAUGGAGCGGGUCUAGAGGCGGGAGCAAUUGAGGUUACGGGGGAAAUAAAUUGGAACAAUAGUUAACAAUCAAGCCACCAAUGCUAAAAAUAACCAAAACAGCUCAUCCCGGUGUUCUUAAUGCUAUUUAUGAGCUGACAUGAAGUCAAGAAGUCAAGACGUUAAAGACGAG